AAACCCAAAAAAUCACACAAACCCCGCUCUCACCACUUUCCCGCCUAUCUCCUUCCUCCUUAAAUAAUUCCCAUAUCUCUCUCUUUCCCCACUCCUCUCUCUCUCUAAAACCUCUCCCAAUUCUCUCUCUCUAAAACCUCUCUCCCAAUUCUCUCUUUCUUCCAUCACCAUGAAGCAGAGAACAAGACCUACUUUACCAAACCACUUCCACAAAUUCCUCAAACCAGGAACCCUAGCUCGCCUCCGCGACUCAAAGAUAACCGCCAGAUCUCACCGUCUCAACUCCCUCUCUCAGAUCUCAAUCUACCGUCCACCAGCCUCACCACCGCCGCCUCCACCUUCCGAUCAGCCUCAAACCACCGCCGUCUCUGCCGAUGGUUUCCCUUCCUUCUUCUCCGGGAUCUACGGUCCUCGAUGUCCACAACGGAAGAAACUGGUCGCUGCUAAGUCAGUUUUCUUUGUUCCUGGUAGUCCUGCUGCUGCUGACUCAGCAGAUCUUGGUCUUGAAUCAUUUGGCGGCGAUAUUAUCGCUGCUAAUUGAAUUCUUUGUUUAGAUUUGUAGAUUUAGCGUGAAUUUUGUUUUUUCGUUUUAAUUAUGUGCAAAAAUUACUGCAAUAGAAGUUGAAUUAAUAAAGUGCAUUCAAUUUUGUAAUUGAGUUUAUGUUUUUGCCGUUUUUAAUUA